AUGGAUAAAAUCAUAACCGAGCGCGAAGAUGGUAUUGAUAUUGCAUUCGAACGAGUUAAAGCUUGGUCAAAGUACUGUAAAGAAUUAUUAAGUUAUGUGUCAAGACGGACACAUUUGGAAUUGGAACACGCGAAAAGGAUACAAACUCUUGCAAAUCAGUCAAAACUUACAGUCACUGAGCAGUUUUUGCCUUUGAAGAAUGUUUUCGAAAAUAAUUUCGACAGUGAUAUCUCAUUUUGUGAACAUACGUUUGAGACUAUUAAAUAUAUUCAAGAUCGUUUUAUUAAGUCACUAGAAAUGCGACGAGAUGAUCACGAGCGCCAACGUCGAGCCUUGAAAAAUGAAUGGCUUCGGGUUACAAAACAAGUUAAAGAUACUCAACAGGAACUUAUACGAGCACGUACAUUACUUGAAUCUAGGGAUGAUGGCUAUCGCAGGGCUCAAGAGAGUUUUUUACGAACUGAAUCAACUGGGCCAGCUGUUGGUUCAGAAUUGUUGCGAAGAAAGAAAGAGCUUGAGAAACGUCGUAAAAAUGAAGAGGAUGCAUUUUCAAAACGAGAGGAAGCUCAAACUCAGGUAGAAAAACUCGAACUUGAGCUGGAUCAACGCCAACUACAGGUGGAGGAAGCAAAGAUUCGUAUUGUUGGCCAGUUGAGGGAAUUAAUUUAUCGUUGCGAUCAGACCACAAAAGCAUGUUCCACUCAUUAUUUUCAAGCUUUGGCUAACCUUUGGGUAUCACAGCCUAGCAAGUACCACGAAUUUGCCGAUGCAACUAGAACUUACAUCCCUGGUACUGAAUAUAUGUCAUUUCUUCAACAUCUUCCUCGGAGAACAGCUUCUUCUGGAUCACUUUUCAGAGUGGAAAAUGGUGACGUAUCGUUAAUAUCUGUUUCGUUACAACGUCGAAAUGCAAUCGAUGUAUCUGACGGAGAAAUUCUUCCUGAACGAAGACAAAAGAAAAGCUCUUCAGGACGUUUGAUCGACCAAUCAAUUUUAGAAUGUGCAUUUGCAACCGAAGCAGCUAGAUCUCAUCGACUUCAAAAAAUACGGCAGCCAACAAAAUGUUCUCAGUGUGAAACCCUUUCAAUACUUUCCACUGUACAAUGUUCUGAAUGUGGUUUAAUUUGGCAUAAGUCCUGUAUAACACGAAUAACUGUAUUCUGUGGUCAAAAAUCGAAAGAAUCUGUCGAUUCGUCACCAAGACGUAUAAGCAUAUUUGGAAUUGCUCUUUCGAUGCAUCUAAACAGUCAAAGCAAACGCAUUCCACAAAUUUUGGUUCGUUGCGUUGAAGAACUCGAAAAACGUGGAUUAAAAGUUAAGGGAAUAUACAGGACAUGUGGCGUUAAAAGUAAAAUUGAGCAAAUCUGCGAGGAAUUCGAAAGGUCAGCGGAAAGUUAUGACGUGGACUUGGAUAGUUAUCAUCCAAUGAAUAUAGCAUCUGUUGUGAAAUUAUAUCUGAGGAAGCUGCCCGAACCUUUAUUCACUUAUGAACUUUAUGGAGAAUGGAUUACGCUUGCGAAUCGAUGUUCAAACGAAGAGACAUUGUGUUUCAUAAAUGAACUAAAAUAUUUAUUAGAGAAAUUACCCGAAAAGAAUUUGGACACACUGGAAUUUCUUUUGCUUCAUCUAAAUAGGGUUACUUGGUUUGAAUUGGAAAAUUUAAUGACAGCAUCAAAUUUGGGUGCAGUUAUUUCACCAUCAUUAAUAUGGAUGCCAUCUUUUAACAGCGAUGCAUCGUUACUCAACGAAGCACAUUUGAUGAGCAAAGUCGUUGAAAUGCUCAUUAAACAUGCAUUUGAAAUAUUCGGUGUGGAUCGCGCAGAUGAUUGGCAGCGUUUCUUUCAAAAGCAUGUUGAAAUUGAAGAACCACUUCUUGCCGAUGCAGAAAUGGAAGCAAGAUUGGAGCAAAGCGAUGUGCUGGAUGUUGAAGAUUUAUUGGAGGAUGAUAAUGAUACUCUUUGCUCAUCAUUUUCGCCACAACCACCAACUCCAGAUCUACUCAAAAAUACUUCUCGAAACAAAUUUAGUUCUUGCACGGCAAGCGAUGAUGCCGACAUUGAUAAUUUUCUCGAAUCAGUUAAUUGCAGUAAUAAGGUUGAUAAUGGCAUUUUAUUAGAUGCACCUUCAUCUUCUUUUAUAAAACAAAGUAGUCUCGAAUUGGUGGAAAAAAAACGGAGCUACACUACAUCGAUAUUAGUUUCACCAAGUCCUAGUCGUAAGUGCGAAAUUCCUCAGAGGCAGCGUUCCAUGGAUGAAAAGAAAUUUUACCACUUAUGCUCUGGCGACGUUACUGUUAACGUUGGAAAGGCGCAGUUCUUUGUACAAAAUGAUAAAAAAUCAUCAAAUUCAUCAAAUCGUGUUGCGGGUAUUUUUCGACGACUUAGUCAAGGAGCUUAUGAUAUGCAAAGUUGUGAUCGACCAAUGUCUGGGCAAAAAAUUGAUACUGAUGAUAUACACUCAGUUGGUGUGAUAUUCUCGUCAGGAAGCGAUGUUAGCUAUAUAUGA